AUGGCAGAUUCGAAUGUGAAUAGAUCCUCUCGCUCGGAGCAGUCUAGCGCUAACGCGCGCGACGCACCAGAGUCAUCUUCGACGCCUUCGAAGAUCGACCAAUCUCCUGACGAGAUCAUCACAUCUCGGAAGGGGAAAGGUCAGGUCUCCGUCGCGCAGAAGAAGCGCGAGGCUGAAGGCCCCGUAGAUGGCGCCAUCGUCGUGCAGAAGAAGCCUGCCGUCCAAGCCCCGGAAAACGCUGCCGCAAGCGGUUUUUCCAGGAGCUUGAUGGUAGCUACAGAGAAGGAAGAUGAUCUCGGUUUCAAACGUGAACUAUUCCGCAAGCUGAUCGGCCUUAACCCAGACAUAAAAUACUCAAUUUCUGAAUCCGGCUACGAUCAAGCCACACCUGAGGAGAAGUUCAUGGUUAAUCAUCUGACCUCUAUGUGGAAACAGAAGAACGGUGGUUAUAUUCCACCAUCUCUUAUUACUGUCACUCGCCUGCGCCACGGCACCAGCCGCCAAAGAUUCAUGCAAGAGGAUCCAGGCGAUGAGGAUAGGGUACAUGAGGCAGGGCAGCAGCAGCAACAACAGCAGCAACAGCAGCAGCCCAAGGCUCUUACUGGCCCUGCGCCUCCGGCGGAUAAGAAGAAGAAGAAGAAGACCAAAGGCCAGCGCAGGCGCGCGCGCGAGGAACGCGAGGAACUUGAGCGCCAGGCAGCUCAAGCUACCGCUUCCGGCCGCGUGCAGGACGUGGAAAUGGAGAAUGGCCCUGAGAGCGAGGGCGGCAAUGGUCUUGCAGGCCAGAACCCCCCCUCUCAGAAGGAAUUCACCUUUCAAACUCCCGCUGGCGCCCCGUCUUUCCCUCCCGCGUCUGUCUGCGGAAACUGCAACAAGCAGGGCCACGUACUGAGCGCAUGUCCUGGUCCCGUAGACAAGGACGGCUUUGUUUCCGGUUGUGUGCUUCACAACACGAAGAAACACAGCUGUGACGAAUGCUACUUGUUACAGACCUUGUCGAUCGGCGUUCAUUUUGAACUCCUGGUCGAGGGACGCUCGGGUCUCCCUCCUAUCCGCUCUCAGGAGUCUAGCUGGGUGGAUUUGGCAACCCACUUCCAGCACAGACGCCUGAAUACCUACCCGCUGACGCGAUCGUUUAGCUUGAAGAUCUCGGAGGAGGCUAUCGCCUCUUACGACUUCAGCGGCGACGCUUCAGUCUUUCAGCUGGGGUCGGAUCCCCUCACCUGCUCUUUCGACGCCUUGAUCCUGCACAGCGAGAGGCUGUCGAAGACCGAGUCUCCCGCUGCGCCGCUCGAGGUUGAGGAGGAAGACCGUCAGGAUACGCCGAUGAUUAAUCAUGGCGACAAUUACGAUGACAACGAGGUCGACUUCGGGGACCUAACCCUGGACGACAUCGUCGAGCACUUAGUAGACUAG